AUGAAGUUGGUCCAUGAGCAAUCCCGUCAACUUCUACAUCAUAUGUGCAAAGAAAUCUUAAUUUCAGAUGUUGAAGGAAGGCGUAAAGGUUGCGUUUAUCAAGCCAUUUUCCGUUCAAUCAAAGAAGGGGUUUUUGAGUUUGUUCACGAUGUAGUGAAAGCGAAUCCAGAUCUUCUGUGGAGCAAAGAUGGCAAUUUAAAAAAUAUAUUCUCAUAUGCUGUCCUAUGCCGCCAAGCUAAAAUCUUUAGUCUUAUAUAUGGACUAGAUGUGAAGAACAACAUGGCAUAUGAUAGAGAUAACUUUGGCAACAAUAUGUUACAUAUGGCAGGGAUGCCACCAGUUUCCGUUAUGCUUAAUCGCAUACCAGGUGCAGCUUUACAAAUGCAAAGAGAAUUACAAUGGUUUAAGGAGGUCGAGAGUAUUGUCCAUCCAAAGAUCAAGAAAGUUGAAAACAAUGAUGAUAUGACUCCACGAGAGGUGUUUACAAAAAACCACAAGGACUUGAUGAAAGAGGGUGAGAUAUGGAUGAAGGAUACAGCAACUUCAUGCACAGUGGUAGCCGCUCUGAUUCUUACUAUCAUGUUCGCUGCAGCCUUUACCGUUCCAGGAGGCAACAAUGACACAGGCUUGCCAAUAUUCUUCAAUAAAAAAUUGUUUAGUCUCUUUAUAAUAUCUGAUUCUCUAUCACUAUUUUCCUCUGCAUCUUCUGUAUUGAUGUUCUUGGGAAUCCUCACAACACGUUAUGCAGAAGAAGACUUCUUUAAAUCCUUGCCCACAAAGAUGAUAAUAGGCCUUUCCACUCUUUUCUUCUCCAUAACAACCAUGAUGAUAGCGUUUUCUGCAGGUCUUUUACUUAUGCUAGGUGAAGAAUCAUGGAUGGUUAUUCGUGUGAUAUCUUUGGCUAGUAUUCCUAUCACCCUCUUUGUGUUGAUGCAAUUCCCCCUUCUUGUAGACAUGUAUAUUUCAACUUAUGGACCCGGCAUCUUCGAUAGGAAAAUGGAACAGUGGUUGUAACUUAUUCAAUACGACCAAAUGAUGUUCAAUUAGCGAUUGAGAAGGCUGCCAACAUUUAUAUAUUUUCUUUUAUAUAUCCAUCAAGGAUAGAUUAUUAAUAAGUUAA